UCUAAACUUGUGGUUUUCGCAAAACUGCGCAGUUAACCGUUGCACUUGUGGUUCCUCAGCGGGCAACCUGUCAGACCCUCGAAGCCGCCGUGGCAGCAGGUCUGCGUUUGCAACAUCCAGUACAUAUCACUGACAUGCACAAGGUGCCGAUGCUUGCCUUGCUUUGGCUGGACGUUGCGGCAAUUCACCAAGAACGACCCGAGCUUUUGCGGAAGGCUGAAUUUGUUGGUUUGAAAAGCAUUGAAGUUGGGUAUGGUGGCGUGGUUGGGAGAACCAGGAGCUCGCAAGCCGUAGGACCAGCUGGGCCUCAGGGGGAUAGCGGAGAUAGAGGUGACCCUGGCCAACCUGGGCCGCCUGGCCCCAAAGGACAGCAAGGGGACAAAGGUGCUCAGGGCGAACAGGGCGAUGCCGGAGAAGCUGGUGAAGCACCAGAGACUCCAACAGUUCCACCAGGAGUGGCCAAAACGACCAUGGUGGGCAUUGCAUUCGCCCUUCAUUUAGCAGUUCUGGGAGCAGUUUUCGCAGCUAUCAGCGGGAAGGUGAGUGGGAAGCCAAAAGCUCCUAGAAAGGGAAACGAAGAAGAAGAAGGAGCAGAAAAUCCAGAAGGCGAAGAAUAUGCUGAAGAGGCUACGGUUGAGGAGAUGCCAGAAGAGGUAGAGGAGCAAGAAGAGCAAGCAAGCUGAAGAGCACUCCUGUAGGAAGACCUCUCGAGAACGAGAUGGGUUUCCACACGCCAAAACGAAAUACAGGCAUGGAGACCGAGAUCACACACCAAAAACGAUGCGGGCUUGGAGACCGCUGCUGUGGCUCGAAGUAUGCCACUCGCGUUCUCUUCUCUUCCCGCUGUCCUACCUUUCGUGUCUCCUUCCUCUCAAGUUGCUAUUGAUGUUGCUGGAGCGAUCCGCAAUGAUUCUAGUGUGUUUUUUUGAAAGUUGGCGCUCCUACAUGAUAUCACACAUGGAAACAUGCAGGUCUAAACCGCCCAUACAAGCACAUGAGGACAUGAGGCGUUAAAGAACACGAGAUUGGAACAUGAAGACACAUAGAGAAACACUGUGGUCAACGCAAGAAUCAUAGUAGGCUUGUGGGACUUGCUGUUUUCUGGGAUUGGCCAUGCCUCAAGAAGUGUUUGUAUUACCAACCGGCUACUGUAUCCAUUUACAAGUGCUGUGCUUGGUUCCAGAAAGCUAUGCGCUUAGCCAUGAUUGACAGGUAUGUUUGCGAAUUGAAUUGCCCACAUAUUCAUUGAGGAGGCCUAUGUCCAUGUUGUCCAUGUGAGGUUGUGCGACCUGACCUCCGUUUGCCCUUGAGUAUUGGACCUGGCAUCGCAAAAUGAGAUGUGUGCUCAGCCAGACAGCCAGCGAGGACCUAUUUAUCUUUGUUGCUUCAUGCGUUUGCUUUUGAUCGAAGUGCAGCUCACUCGUGUCAAAAGGCCCUCACUUGAGCGGUGUCAUGUGAGAGGCAAAAAGAUUGUGUUGAGGCCUCCUUAAUGAAGUCCCUUCAAAAGCAGCCUGAUUAAAGGGGCCAAAAC